UGCGCCGCGGCGGUGGCGGUGGCGGCGGCGCGGGCGCUGGGGCUGGUGUUUGGAGGCACCAGAGCACCGGCUCCCGGUCUCGCCACGGCAACAGCGCGAGUGUCGCGCGCGGCCUGAAGGCGCAGUACUUUUCUGCCCCCACCUUUUAAAUUUUAUUGUUUUGAAUAACCGGAACCAAUGAACGCAGCCGGGACCCGAGCUCUGGAGGCCGCCGGGGCCGAGGGAACUAGGCUGACGCCCGGCAGGAGCCGGCGGCGGGGGCGGCUCGGGGAGUCGCCGGCGGUUGCGGCGGCGCCUACCGGAGCGGGCGAGUGGUCCGAGGCCGGGGCGCCGCCGCGCUCUCCCCCCGCUCUUCCUCCGCGCUCUCAUCCCGCCGCGACUCCGGGCCCAGCCUUGGGCUGGUUGCGGCGGAGGCGGCGCUGGACUGCGCUUUUGGUGCUCGGUCUGUUAGUGGCCGGAGCGGCGGACGGAUGCGAGUUGGUACCGAGGCACCUCCGCGGGCGGCGCGCGGCGGACUCUGCUGCAGCAGCCGCCUCUUCAGCUGCGGCGGUGGGCGGCAGCCCGGCGCUUAUGACAGAUCCCUGCAUGUCAUUGAGUCCACCAUGCUUUACAGAAGAAGAUAGAUUUAGUCUGGAAGCUCUUCAAACAAUACAUAAACAAAUGGAUGAUGACAAAGACGGUGGAAUUGAAGUAGAUGAAAGUGAUGAAUUUAUCAGAGAAGAUAUGAAAUACAAAGAUGCUACUAAUAAACACAGCCAUCUGCACAGAGAAGAUAAGCAUAUAACUGUUGAGGAUUUAUGGAAACGAUGGAAAACUUCGGAAGUUCAUAAUUGGACCCUUGAGGACACCCUUCAGUGGUUAAUAGAAUUUGUUGAACUACCCCAAUAUGAGAAGAAUUUUAGAGAUAAUAAUGUCAAAGGAACAACGCUUCCCAGGAUAGCAGUGCAUGAAACUUCAUUUAUGAUCUCUCAGCUGAAAAUCAACGACCGUAGUCACAGGCAAAAACUUCAGCUCAAGGCUCUGGAUGUGGUUUUGUUUGGACCUCUAACACGCCCACCUCAUAACUGGAUGAAGGAUUUUAUCCUCACGGUUUCUAUAGUAAUUGGUGUUGGAGGGUGCUGGUUUGCGUAUACACAGAAUAAGACAUCAAAAGAACAUGUUGCAAAGAUGAUGAAAGACUUAGAGAGUCUCCAAACUGCAGAGCAAAGUUUAAUGGACUUACAAGAGAGGCUUGAAAAGGCACAGGAAGAAAACAGAAAUGUUGCUGUAGAAAAGCAAAAUCUAGAGCGCAAAAUGAUGGCUGAAAUCAAUUAUGCAAAGGAGGAGGCUUGUCGGCUGAUGGAGCUGAGGGAGGGAGCUGAAUGUGAAUUGAGUAGACGGCUAUAUGCAGAGCAGGAAUUGGAACAGGUUCGCAUGGCUCUGAAAAAAGCUGAGAAAGAAUUUGAACUCAGAAGCAGCUGGUCUGUUCCGGAUGCACUUCAAAAAUGGCUUCAAUUAACACAUGAAGUAGAAGUACAGUACUACAACAUUAAAAGACAAAAUGCUGAGAUGCAAUUAGCUAUUGCUAAGGAUGAGGUGGCUGCUUCAUAUCUAAUUCAGGCAGAGAAAAUUAAAAAAAAGAGAAGCACUGUCUUUGGGACUCUUCAUGUUGCACACAGCUCCUCCCUAGAUGAAGUAGACCACAAAAUUCUGGAAGCAAAGAAAGCUCUCUCUGAGCUGACAACUUGUUUAAGAGAACGGCUUUUUCGCUGGCAGCAGAUUGAGAAGAUCUGUGGCUUUCAGAUCGCCCAUAACUCGGGGCUCCCCAGCCUGACCUCUUCCCUUUAUUCUGAUCACAGCUGGGUGGUGAUGCCCAGAGUCUCCAUUCCACCCUACCCAAUUGCCGGAGGAGUCGAUGACUUAGAUGAAGACACACCCCCAAUAGUGUCACAAUUUCCCGGGUCCAUGGCUAAACCUGCUGGAUCAUUAGCCAGAAGCAGUAGCCUGUGUCGCUCUCGCCGCAGCGUCGUGCCGUCCUCGCCGCAGCCUCAACGUGCUCAGCCCCCUCCCCAUGCUCCCCAUGUGCCACACGCCCGCCAUUCUCACCAUCCCCAGCACACACAGCACUCGUUGCCUUCCCCUGACCCGGAUAUCCUCUCAGUUUCCAGUUGUCCUGCUCUUUAUCGAAAUGAAGAGGAGGAGGAGGCCAUUUACUUCUCUGCUGAAAAGCAAUGGGAAGUGCCAGACACAGCUUCAGAAUGUGACUCCUUAAGUUCUUCCAUUGGAAGGAAACAGUCUCCUCCUUUAAGCCUUGAGAUAUACCAAACACUAUCUCCUCGAAAGAUAUCAAGAGAUGAGCUCUCCCUAGAGGAUUCUUCUAGAGGAGAUUCACCCAUAACUGCAGAUGUUUCUCGGGGCUCUCCUGAUUGUGUGGGGCUGACAGAAACUAAGAGUAUGAUCUUCAGUCCUGCAAGCAAAGUGUACAAUGGCAUCCUGGAGAAGUCCUGUAGCAUGAACCAGCUUUCUAGUGGCAUCCCGGUGCCUAAACCUCGCCACACGUCCUGCUCCUCGGGUGGCAAUGACAGUAAACCGGUUCAGGAAGCCCCAAAUGUUGCCAGGAUCAGCAGCAUCCCACAUGACCUUUGUCAUAAUGGAGAGAAAAGCAAAAAGCCAUCAAAAAUUAAAAGCCUUUUUAAGAAGAAAUCUAAGUGAACUAACUGGCUGACUGGAUGGAAUUCCAUUCAAGUGACAUCUUUAAAUUUUUGUCUCCCACCCUCAAUUCCCCCUUUUUUUGUUUUAGUUUUAGGAAUGUAGCUCCACUGGGGCUUUCCAGGCUGGAGGCCACAAUGGAAUGUCCUGAAGGGCAACUAUCUACUGUCUGCUUAUUUAAAUGACUGUAUAGUCAAUUUGUCAAGCCAGUUAUUAAUGAAAAAUCGUUAAGAGAUGAGACAGUUUACAGUCAUUUCUGACUAUUUAUUUCUGCUUUGUUAAUAGUGAUGUAUAUACAAUAAUGUUUUGUUGAAAGCCACUAUGGACUUACAAGCUUUAAUGGACUAGUAAGCCAGCAUGGGCUUGCAAAAAUUUCUUGUUUACCAGAGCAUCUUCUUAUCUUUCCACAGAGCUAUUUACAUCUUGGACUAAAUAACGUAAAAGAAGUAAAACUAAUUGCACUACUGUUUUCCAGACUGGAAAAAAAAAAUCUCUGCAAGUGAAACUGUAUAGAGUUUAUAAAAUGACUAUGGAUAGGGGAUUGUUUUCACUUUUAGAUCAAAAAGGGUUUUUAAGUAGAACCUAGGAUUUCUAAUUGACUUGAUUUCUGGAAAUGAAAACCCACGCUUUUAUUAUGGGAAGCUUCUUUAAAUGCAUUUAAUAUAAAGUUUCAAGUCCUGCUGUAAAGAUCAUGUUGUUUUGUGUUUCCCAGGGCUUUCACUGUGAUUUACUGCAUUGCAGGCUGUAUGAUAAAAUAUGAAUAAUUUAAAGAGAGAAGGCUCUUGAUUCCUUAUGCAAGUGGAAGAGUUGAAACUUGAUUGAAGGACUUAAAAACAUUCACAAGCUUAAACGGAGGCGGGGGGGUUGGGGGAUUCAGACACUUGUUUACAGACUUUGAAUAACUGCAAAGGACUUACAGUUUGUGAAAAAUUUGUACUGUGGAAAAGAUGAUAAAUUGGAGACAUUGUGUGGGAUUGUGCUGGUUUUUGUUGAGAACACUCCACUAAAAACACUAUAUGUUUUUGGAGAGUUAUGUAAACUGUCUUAUUGCUUAAUUGCAAUGUAAGAAUGUUUUGGAAGUAAGUUGUCAACAAAUUUCUAUUUUAUAUUGUUUGUCAUAUUUUUAUGUAGUUUGAAAUGUUUAAAUGUUCUAUUAUCAAGAUUAACAAAUAUAAAUUUAUGGUGCAUUUAGAUUGUGUUGUAUUAAUUUGUAAAGUUUGGGGUUUAUUAAACUAAAGUUGUUUUAAGGGUAGCUUUUACUGGGAGGAUUAAGUCACAUAGAGAACAAAGUACAUUAACAUCUGGGGAUUUUCUGCUUAAACCAAUUCUUUUAAAGAUCUAAUCAUAAAUAAUCUGGUUAAUGCAAUCAAUGUGAAUGGAUAUUUGGGUGAAUGACUGAUACCUAUUAACUAGAAUGGUUUUCUAGUAUUAUGGCUAAAAUAUAUAAUGUCUAACCCAGUGCUGUUUAGGUAAAAAUGCUGAUUAGUAAACAAAGAGUUUCUUUGAGAUUUUCUCCAAAGAAAUGCUUUAGCUAUUAAGAAUUUCCUGACCACUCUUAAGAAUUGUGAUUGUAAAUUUCCUAAGUAUCGUUGUUAAAAACUAUUAAGAUCUUUAAUGAUAUUUAUUGAAAAAUAGACUGAGUGAUGUGAGGUCAAAAAUAGAUGGACUGAAUUAAAUGUAGUGUUUUGGACAAAUAAGGUAAAAUAAUCUGAAAGUUGAGGAACAUAGGGUCUGAAGCUGUUUAGGAAGGGCGGAAAUCAUGCAUUAAGAGUUGAAAGCACUCUGGAAAGUUUAUUCAGAGUAGAGUCCAUCUUAUCUUCCUUCUUCUUACGGCAAGACAAGAGGAGUUCUUCCUUUGAAAACUGCACAUGGGAUGUGAACUUUGUAGUUGGAUGGAUAGAAAAGGAAAAAGUUGCAGGGAGGAGGCAUGGCCCUAUGAAGUGCCAGCAAGGCCUGCUGGUUGUCUAGAGUUAGAAGGGAACUUUGAGUCAGAACCACCUGUACCCUAGAACUCCGGGGGUGGGGAGGUGAGGGAUUGGGGUUGCUGACCGAAGUACACUGUGGGCCGUCUUAAGUCAGAGAAUACAUUGUGCCAAAUUUCACAUACUCAUUCAUAAACAAAUUUGACCAAAGGAUAUUUAUGGCUUUAUGUUGCUUAUAAUGUUUAUUUUGCACUUUUACAUUACUCUGUAUUUGUACAUACAACAGAAAAUAAUUGAGUUUUGAAAAGCAACAAUUUCUGUAUUGCAUCAUUUACAUAUGAAGAGUUGGAAAUUUCUACAAAUUUUUAGAAUUACCCAGUUGGUACCUUAUUUUAACCUUUUAAAUUUAUGAUGUUUUCCUGAUUUUAAAAGUAAGGCCUGCCUUUUUUGUGGAAAGAGAUUAACAAUAAAAAAUGUGAAGAAGGAAAAAGCAAGCAGGUCAAAGUCUGCCAUCCAAAAUAACUACUUUUAGUAUUUUGGUAUGUUUUCUGGUAGAUCUUUUUCUACAUAUUGAUGUAUAUUUUACAUAAUUGAAAUCAUACUAUAUCUUCAAUUUUAUAUUAUGCUUUUUCAUUUAAUAUAUUACGAGCAUUUCUCCAACAUUAUUAAAAACUUAUGAACAUUUUAAUAACUGUAUAAUAUGCCAUUUUAUGGACUUACCAUAAUCUUUUUAACCAUUCUAUUAUUAAACAUUAAUAUUAAUAUCAAA